AGCCUGCCUCAGAAUGUUACUUCAAAGGAAAGUUUUAGCAGUGUACUUACCAAAAACAUAGUGGCUGUGCUAGUGUGGCUGGCCCUUAGCAUCCUGAAUGGUACCAUGACAUCCACGUUCUUUAGACACAACUUUUUCUAUGAAGACCCACGCUACAUAAUGUUUAUUUACAUGGUCAUUAAUGAUGCAGUCCAGCUGACACUUGUGACAGGUCUGUAUGUGGUGAGUUAUGCAUUCUCUAAGAUCCAGGUGUCUGCAUGUUGCCCACUCAUCAUAACAGCUGUACUGACAACACGUUCUACACCCCUCAUCCUUGCUGGGAUGGCCAUUGAGCGUUACAUUUCCAUUUGCUUUCCCCUUCAUUACAGUCACAUGUGUACAGUGCAGCGAACUAUCUGGAUCAUUGGUAUUAUCCUUGUUCUAAGUGCUGCACCCCCCCUCACAGACCUCUUUAUAACUCUUAUUAAGGAACCUGCAUCCUUUUUUAAAACCUUUAUCUUCUGUGACCACUCACUGCUCUUCCGUGACCCAUCAAUCUACUACAAGAAUUGUGCUUUCGACAGUGUAUAUUUUUCCUUUGUUUUUUUGGCCUUGCUCUAUACAUAUUGCAAGAUCAUGUUGACAGCACGAGCAGCAUCCACUGACCUGGUGUCUGUGAAAAAGGCACGGAACACAGUGCUGCUUCAUGGUGUGCAGCUGCUGCUCUGCCUGCUGGCUUUUGUGGUGCCAUCCAUGCAGGCACCUCUAAUCUAUUUGUUUCCACAGUAUGGUCUGGAGAUACGGUACAUAAACUUUCUUCUGGUCUACAUCAUCCCACGGUUCCUGAGCCCUAUGAUCUAUGGAGUCAGAAAUGAGAAAUUUAGAAAAUAUUGGAUUAGAUACCUUCUCUAUAGGGUCAACAGGGUGAAACAUGCUGAACACUUGCCUCAAAAACUGAAGUUGUAA